AUGGCAUCAGUCCCUCUCAGCUUCGGUGGUGCCGUCAAUAUCGCGGUGCGGAAAGUUAGAGAGGAUUAUCCUAAAGCCCAGCUCUUAGUAGCUUUAGCUACCACGCCAAAUGAUCAAUAUGUGGAUUCUCCUCGGGGGUUUUCGCACUUGAAAGUUGUGUUUAACGACGGUGGCAGUGGCUCAGUGAUAAUAGAAUCGACAGUCUGGGGGGAAUUCGGUCCUUCUGUGCAUAUUGACAGUCCUAUCCUUGGAAAUGCUGUUAUCCCGUGGCCUGUUCAGAUGGAUGCCCCUGAGGCAGACACGCUUCUAAAAGAUGCUGGUUAUACUCUGCCGUAUAACAGCUUGGCUUUGCACCAACCCGUUUACCCAGGCAUGAAUGAGCCAUACUAUGAUUUUAAUUUGAAAGAUGAGGGGAGUGUUUUUGUCGGCACCAGCACUCAUAAAGUUUUUCCACCUGGUCGGGAGACAUCGGCAAAGGUGGAAAGUUCUCUGAAGCAGCUCAGGACCCUCGGCGAAUAG